CUUUUUAAAAUAUCUUUUUGUAGCCUCAAGGAAUAGGUUCUCCUAGUGUUUAUCAUGCGGUUAUCGUCAUCUUUUUGGAGUUUUUUGCUUGGGGACUAUUGACGGCACCCACCUUGGUGGUAUUACAUGAAACCUUCCCUAAACACACAUUUCUGAUGAAUGGCUUAAUUCAAGGAGUAAAGGGUCUGUUGUCAUUCCUCAGCGCUCCACUUAUUGGUGCUCUCUCCGAUGUUUGGGGCCGGAAAUCCUUCUUGCUGCUCACAGUGUUUUUCACAUGUGCCCCGAUUCCUUUAAUGAAGAUCAGCCCGUGGUGGUACUUUGCUGUUAUCUCUGUUUCUGGGGUUUUUGCAGUUACUUUCUCCGUGGUAUUUGCAUAUGUAGCAGAUAUAACCCAAGAACAUGAAAGAAGUAUGGCUUAUGGAUUGGUUUCAGCAACAUUUGCUGCAAGUUUAGUCACCAGCCCUGCAAUUGGAGCUUACCUCGGACGAGUGUAUGGAGACAGCUUAGUGGUGGUCCUAGCCACAGCAAUCGCUUUGCUUGAUAUUUGCUUUAUUCUUGUUGCUGUGCCCGAGUCAUUGCCUGAGAAGAUGCGGCCAGCAUCAUGGGGAGCGCCUAUUUCCUGGGAACAGGCUGACCCUUUUGCUUCUUUAAAAAAAGUGGGCCAAGACUCCAUAGUGCUGCUCAUCUGCAUCACGGUGUUCCUCUCCUACCUACCAGAGGCGGGCCAGUAUUCCAGCUUCUUUCUGUACCUCAGACAGAUAAUGAAAUUUUCACCAGAAAGUGUUGCAGCAUUCAUAGCAGUCCUUGGCAUUCUUUCCAUUAUUGCACAGACCAUAGUCUUAAGUUUACUUAUGAGGUCAAUUGGAAAUAAGAACACCAUUUUACUGGGCCUGGGAUUUCAGAUACUACAACUGGCGUGGUAUGGAUUUGGUUCAGAACCUUGGAUGAUGUGGGCUGCUGGGGCAGUAGCAGCCAUGUCUAGCAUUACCUUUCCAGCUGUGAGCGCACUGGUUUCCCGAACUGCUGAUGCUGAUCAACAGGGUGUUGUUCAAGGAAUGAUAACAGGAAUUCGAGGAUUGUGCAAUGGCUUGGGGCCAGCCCUUUAUGGAUUCAUUUUCUACAUAUUCCACGUGGAACUUAAAGAACUGCCAAUAACAGGAACAGACCUGGGGACAAACACAAGCCCUCAGCACCACUUUGAACAGAAUUCCAUCAUUCCUGGGCCGCCCUUCCUUUUUGGAGCCUGUUCAGUCCUGUUGGCUCUGCUUGUUGCCUUGUUUAUUCCCGAACACACCAAUUUAAGCUUACGGUCCAGCAGUUGGAGAAAGCACUGUGGCAGUCACAGCCAUCCUCACAGUACGCAAGCCCCAGGGGAGGCCAAAGAACCUUUACUCCAGGAUACAAAUGUGUGAUGACAGGAACCAGGAAGAUGUUUCGAUCAGCACCCAGGUCUUAGUUUUCACCUGUAGUUCUGGAUGAACAUUCCAUUUCCAUCUACAGUGUACUUUUAAGAUUGUCUCAAGAAAUUGCAUGAAUUCUGUGGGAACUAAAGGAAGAACUAAAAGAACUGGACGGUUUUCCAAAGAUGUUAUAAUUUCUUUUGAAAAGAAACAUUUUGUUUAUUAGCACCAGUUUCUUGCCACUGAACUUUUAUUAUACAUCCUUCAAUUAAAAAGUAUAUAUGUAACUUUUUAGAUAUUAGCAUAUAUUUCUCUGCUACCAUUUCCUGAAGGUGUUGAGCUUUAACUCUGUGCUGACUCUCAGUGAGACUGAGUAGGUAUUAUGAUUGUGAACCUGUUUGUUUUUAACACUGUAAAAUCCUGAGUCCAAUUUUAAUAUUGUAAAAUCUUGGGUCAAAUAAUUCAAAGCCUUAAUGCAGAUGCACUAAAAUAAAUGGUAAAUGAAUUGUUUGCAUUAAACAGAAAAUUUAAGAAAAAUUGAACUAAAUCUGAAUCAUGCUUCAAGCUUCUUUGCAGUAAUUUUACUUUAAGCUUACUACUGUUUUUGAAGUGAGGAAAUAUUAGCCAUUUAUAAUUUAAAUUAGGGUGGUGAGAGCCCAGUAAACACAGGCUCAAAUUUGUUCCCUUUAUACCACUAUUUUUUUUUUGUUGGUGUAAUCAUCAGAACCUCAACACUUGAAUACAUAAUCUAAAAAUUAUAUAGUACAGCUGGUAGCCUUGAAAAUAUCCAUGUGAUAUCUAUAUGUAGAUAAAUAUAUAUAGUGGCCUUUCAGGACUGUCACAGUAACACUUUAUUUACAGAGCUAAUGUCUGUCCUAAAUUUUCAGGACCCUAGAAGAGAGCUUUAUACAAUUACCGAUGUGAAUUUCUCUAAAGUGUAUAUUUUUGUGUCCAGUUACAUUAUUUAAAAAAGUGUUACUUUGUAAAAAAUGUACAUAAAGUUUAUUGUAUAGUUUACACUGUUUUCAUCUUGUGUGUGAUUAUUGCCUAAUGCUUUUUAAACUUGGAACACUCACUGGUUAAAUAAGGUCAUAAAAAUGUAAAUACUCUGUUAAUAAAAUUAAAUAUUUUAAUGAUUUUUU